AUGUCGACCAGUGGACGUGAUUUAUCGAUGCUUGCGUAUCUGCUCAGAAACACCUCAGAGGUAAGAUUCAUACAGAGAUCAGUAGAGUUUACGACAUUUGAGGAUCAAUCUCAGCCCAUAGUGUCUUUAGAGACCCAUCUUCAGUCUCCUCUCCUAAGUCUCCCAUCUCUUUCUACCAUCGGCACCCCUCUUCUUCCUCAGAAGCGCCAGCGCUACGAGCUGGAGGUGAGAGGAAUACUGAAUUCUUCUAAAGAAAGCCCAUGCGAAGACGGAAUGUUCCCAUACAAAGCCCUCAAGCUGAACAAUCGGGCCCACAAGAUUGAACAUUAUUUAAAAAAGGUAUGUGAGCUCUCAGAAACUGAAGAAGAAGAAAGGGCAGAAGAAGAAAAUCUGCUCAAGAAAGCAUAUGAACAAGAUUUUUCACUGGAUCAAGAAAGGUAUUUGGGCUUGCGCCGAAGUGACAUUAUGGCCAUCAAAAAAUACCAACUUGACCCAAAUAAAUUACCUAAGCUAAGCUUCAGCUUUGAAAGUUUCCGACCAGAACAGCUAAGCGCGCUUCUUGCCCGAGUGAAGCCUACCUCAGCGUUAAAGAUUCACAACACAUCAAUUCGCAAAAUCACCGCAUCAAAAGAGUUCCCACGCGCACCAACUAAGGUGCAAAAGCCCCGCAGUACAAGUAAAAGCGUAUCAGAAAAAGUAGAAAGCAUUUUGAUCAAAAAAGCCUUAGCUCCCAUCCCUUUAAAUUGGAUAAAAAAACCUUCCAAUUAAAUUUUUUUUAUUUUUAAAAAUUUUAUACUUGAAUUUAUUUAAUAAAGAUAUUUUUAAAUAAUAUAUUAAUUAUAAAAUUCAUAAAAUCCUAUUGGAAAAAAAAAUUACCCAACUUAAAGGGGGUUAAUGUACCAAAAAAAUGAAAUUUUCCUGAUAUUUUGUCCCAAUUUAAAUAGGGGAUUAAGCUUUCUCAUUAAGCGAGAUCUCCCAAAAGCUUUUAAAGGCAUGCAGAAACAAAGAGGAGACCUAAGGAACAAUUGCAAAAGAAUUAGCCAGCUUUGUUCUAAAGAAGUCGCCAAAAAGGCGGGGAAAAUGCAAAGAGAAGCUAAAGAAGCGCCAGUCAGAGCCAAAAGGCUUCAAAGAGAAAUGGUGAGUUAUUGAAAAAGAAAAGAAAGGGAAACUGCAGAUAUGAGGAGAAAAAGGGAAAGAGAAGAAAAUGAGACCAGGAAAAAAAGAGAAGAAGAGGAAGAGUCGCUUAGACAGAGGAAAAAAUUAGAAUAUAUCAUGAGACAGUCAGACAUUUAUGCGAUUUUUAUGGCUCAGAAGCUAGGAAUUAUGCCGACUGCAACUACACAUGUAUCAAGCAUUGGAGUAGAUGAAGACCAAGCAAGAGAAAGCGUGAAAACUAUGAUAAAAGAGCAUAGAGACCAUUUAAAGCAGUUUGGGGAUACCUCAAAUAUGAAUAAUGAAGACCUAAAAGAUGUAGGGCUGACAGGGCUUGACAGGGUUGACGAAACAAAAAUUUUUUCAAGAAUUGAAGAGACCCCACCUAUUUUUACUGGAGACCUCAAAGAUUACCAAAUGAAAGGACUCAGAUGGCUUGACAACCUUUACGAUCAAGGAAUAAAUGGGAUUUUAGCUGAUGAAAUGGGUCUUGGGAAAACCAUCCAAACAAUCGCUUUACUUGCCCAUCUUGCCUACAAUAAAAAUAUCUGGGGGCCAUUCCUCAUCGUAUGCCCAGCCUCAACCCUCCACAACUGACUAGCCGAGCUUAACAAAUUUUGCCCAACCUUAAAAACUCUUCCUUACUGGGGACAGAUGAAAGAGCGAAAAUCCCUUCGCCGUUACAUGCAAAACAAAAAGCUAGGCAACGACGACUCUUCAUUCCACGUCUGCGUUACUUCUUAUCAGCUUGUCCUUGCAGAUGAAAAAAACUUCCAAAAAGUCAUGUGAAAAUAUAUAGGAAUUGCCCGAGGAUGGCGCUAUCUUGCGCCAUCCUCGGGCAAUUCAAAAAAUGGCCCCACACCGGAAUCGAGCCCACGUGUGGGGCCAUUUUUGGUGCGUGUAAGUCGAUGUUGGCCACAUACCAAAAAAAUGGCCCCACACGUGGGUUCGAUUCCCGGUGUGGGGCCAUUUUUGAAUUGCCCGAGGAUGGUACAAGAUAGCACCAUCCUCGGGCAAUUACUAUAUGAUUCUUGACGAAGCUCAUGCUAUAAAAAAUACAGCCACUCAGCGGUGGAACGUUUUAUUAGGAUUUAAUGCUAGAAAUAAGCUAUUAUUGACAGGGACGCCUAUACAAAACUCUAUGGCAGAACUGUGGGCUUUAUUGCAUUUUAUUAUGCCAAAGCUUUUUGACUCCCACGAGCACUUUGAAGAGUGGUUUUCAAAAGACAUUGAGGCUCACUCACAAGAUGCAGGAGCUUUAAAUCAGCAGCAGCUUCAGAGGCUGCAUGCAAUAUUGAAGCCAUUUAUGCUUACUCCCCCCUCAGUGAGCGAACAAAACCAUAGAGAAAAAUCCUUUUUUGGCCAAAACCCCACCCUCCGUAACGAACAAAAAAUUUGUUAAUAAAACAAAUUUUAUGGUAAAAAUUUUGAUAUAUCAUGAAAUCUCUAGCUAAUUCUGUUUAAAAUUAAACAAAAUUGCGUUAUAAAACAUAAAAAUUAUAAAAUUAAAUUAAUAUUUGCUUUCCAAUUUUUGCGAAGUGUGUUUUGUUUAAAUUCGAAAAAACAAUUCUAUAAAAUUUAUAUAUAAAGUUUUUUAAAAAAAAAAUGAACCCCUCCAUGAGCGAACAAGAUUUUUUUUUCGCUCACGGAGGGGGGGAGCUAGAAGAGUAAAAAAAGAUGUGGAAAGCGAAAUUGGCAAGAAAACAGAGCAUGAGUAUUUUUGUGAACUGACAAAUAGGCAGAAAAUGCUUUAUAGUAUGAUUAAAAGGAAGUUGAAUAUUAGUGAGCUGUUCUCAAUGGCUGAUAGCAAGACUAAGGUGGAAAAUUUGAUGAAUUUAAUGAUGCAGUUUAGAAAGGUUUGCAAUCAUCCUGAUCUGUUUGAGAGAAGGCCGGAACAUACACCAAUUACUUUUAAAGACCCUCUGCUGCAGAAUUGCCAGCCUAAACCAGGGUUUAAUCAGCUUACUGAGGUGAGGAUUGGAAAUAAAAACCCAAUAAAUUUCAAUAUCCCAAGGAUAGUUUACAAUGAACUGUAUUUGGAAAAUAAAAAAUUGCCAAGCAUUUUUGAUACGGAGUAUUUUUGGUUUUUCAAGCUUUUAGGGAUGAGCUAUAAUGAAGGGAUCAAAAUUAUUGAAUCGCCUCACUCCCGCUCUUUAAAUUGGAAUAAAACAUAGGUAAAGUUUCCAUUUUUUGGGUAUUUUAACCCUUUAAAUUGGAAAAAAAAAUUUAUUUUCAAUAGGAAAAUUUUAAAUAUAAAGUUUUAUACCUACUUUAAUAAAUCGGGCAAAUAGAACUUUUAAAACAGCUUUCACAUUGAAUCGAUUUAAUCAAAAUUCAAAAUAUUGGGCUCAAUUUUGUUUUUAUAAAGAAAAUUAGUAUGCUUUUUUCGAAAACCACCCUUUAAAUUGGAGCAGGAUUUUUGUUUCAAUUUAAAGGUAGGAAGUCAGCUGAUAAGAGGGAUUAUAGCGCUGCAUUAUAUUAAACGGUAUUCAAGGCUUAUUAAGUAUGAAGAAGCUAAGCUGCCGCUGCUGGUUUAUAGGAAUAAGAAAGCGCCCUUGAAAAUCUCUGAUGAUAUCAUUCCCAGAAUUUUGGUAAACUUAGUAACACCUGUAGCUGUAGCUGCUCCUAUUGAAUUUUCUUGUUCCACAAUACACUUCAAGCUGAAUUGGCAAUAUCUCAAGCAGUCUCCUGCCCUUAAAAAAAAUUUACUCGGAAACCAAUUCAAACCAAGCUUUUUUUAUGAGUGCCAAGGCCAAAACAUAGACAUACCAUUUUCUUACUGUUUCAAUGCUCCCACCCCUUGUUACGUCGAUUUGCCAAGCAUUGAAAAGCUUCUUCACGACAGUGCCAAGCUAAAAAUUCUCGACAGACUUCUCAAAAAGCUUUACGACGAAAACCACAGAGUAUUAAUUUUCUGCCAAAUGACCAAAAUGCUUGACAUUUUAGAAGACUUUUUAUAUUUCAGGAAAUACUCCUUUUUAAGACUAGACGGGUCUACAAAUAUUGCUGAGCGUAGAGACUUAAUUGACGAUUUCCAAAGCAGCACUGAAGUUUUCGCAUUUAUUCUUUCAACAAGAGCAGGAGGUCUAGGUGUAAAUUUAACAGCCGCUGACACUGUGAUUUUUUAUGAUAUUGAUUGGAACCCUACCAUGGACGCUCAAGCUACUGACAGAGUCCAUAGAAUUGGCCAGACUAAGCCAGUCGACGUGUAUAGGCUUAUCACAUCUCAUACAGUUGAAGAAAAAAUCCUGAAAAGGGCAAAACAAAAACAAACAGUCCAGACAACAGUUUAUGCAGGAGGAGCUUUUAAAGCUGACAUUUUCAGACCAUCAGAACUGACUGAACUUUUACUUGACGACAAUGAAUUUGACCAUGUGAGCCAUACCAAAAUGUUUAUUGGGAUGAACAAAAGACCUAAGAAACCACAGAAAGAAAAGAAAGAAGAGAAAACGAGCAAGGAAACAGAAGGCUUCAAUAUUACUGAAUUUGUGGAAAGCGAAAUUAGCUAA